CCACAAGCCCCAACCGUUACUCACACAGCCGUGUAUUUCUAUUCCCUUGAUUUGGGCGUGUCUGUGGUGCACUGGUGCCUGCGUGUCGACUACGGUAUUGAAGUUGAACCUCGUGUCAAGAGAAGUGAAAAGAAAAACAAAGUGUAAUACGGUUUUUAAAAGACCGAAAACCCUGGAAAAAGUUGGCGAUUCACUGAAUGAUGUCGCACUGGUGAUUCAUUUUUAGGAAUUAAGUUUGUUGAAAGAAGGCGUCAAAAUGAAAACGUCUUUUUCCCUUCAUUUGGGAGCGUUGAUCGUCAUCACUUGUAUUUUGUUGGGCGUCGUCGGUCAGUAUGAGUGGCAAGCAAGAGAUGCAUUCGAUGAAAUACGAAUUAAAAUGGACAAAGUCAACACAGACAAUUGUCCGAUUCAACACCUGGGUGAUUUGUACCUGUCCGAAGAUUCCGUUUCUCAUUUGCCGGAUAUCAAAGAUUUAAACGUGAAUCCAGUAUUUCCAAAUAGAACAGCACUCCUUUAUUUGCAUAACCAAGCCCUGAACAGGGCUUUUUUUUGGAGUUAUGUUCUUCAAUCGAGAUUUAUUCGACCUGCAAUAAAUGACACUUAUGAUCCUGGAAUGAUGUAUUAUUAUCUGUCAACUGUAGCAGACGUUUCUGCAAAUCCACACAUUAACGCUUCAGCAAUUUACUUCUCUCCAAAUGCAUCAUACACGCCUUCCUAUCGAGGAUUUUUCAACAAAACAAUGCCGAGAUUUGCACCUCGGACAUACAGAGAAGAUGAUUUUAACGACCCUAUUCAUUUGGAAAGAAUAUCCACGAGAAACACCUUCAAAGUUCAGGAUCUAGGGGCCUUUCCCGCUGAUAGGAAAAGUGCUGAUUACACCACUGACUUUUAUAGAAUAAACGAAUGGUACAAGAAAUGGUUGCCGGACAGUAAUCUUGUAGAGAAGCGCCAUGAUACUAAAACUACUUACCAGGUGGAAAUUAGAUAUGCGAAUAAUACUAAUGAAACGUUCACGUUCCAUGGACCUCGAGGUGCUGAUGAAAACCCUGGACCUGUGAAAUUUACAAGACCGUACUUCGACUGUGGCCGUUCGAAUCGUUGGCUAGUAGCCGCAGUAGUUCCCAUUGCGGAUAUUUAUCCAAGGCAUACAGGAUUUAGACACAUCGAAUACCCCACAUACACCGCAAUUUCAGUUAUAGAAAUGGAUUUUGAUAGGAUAGAUAUAAAUCAAUGUCCGAAAGGGAAAGGAAAUGAUGGACCAAAUAAAUUUGCCAAUACUGCACGAUGUAAAAGGGAUACAACAGAGUGUGAACCCAUUCAUGGAUGGGGCUUCAGAAGAGGAGGCUAUCAGUGCAGAUGCAAACCGGGUUUUCGAUUACCCACGGUCGUCAGACGCCCCUUCCUCGGAGAAAUUAUUGAGAGAGCUACACAAGAACAAUAUUACAAUGGUUUUGAUUGCGCUAAAAUAGGCUGGAUUCACAAAUUACCAGUUCAGUGGGAACUUAUGCAACCGCAUAUCAGAGAAAGAUAUAUGGAAUAUUACCACGAGUACAGAGCUAAUGUUACUGGACCGGCUACUUUAGAAACUGAAAAAAUGAACAUAGACAAUGUUUUGAAGUUUAUACUUAGUGUGAACAAAGACACUUGCAAACAAUACAGUCCUGCGCAGUUACUAAUGCGUGGAGAUAUUUCCCAUGGGCAUGAGGAAUAUUUUGAAAAUCAAGCCAAGAUGGCAAAUAGGCUUUCUAAUUUUAUUAGUGCCUUUUUACAAAUAUCGGACCCACAAGAGGUUUACUCGGGCAAAAGAGUGGCUGACAAACCACUCACAGAAGAUCAAAUGAUUGGUGAAACUUUAGCUUUAGUUAUGGGAGAUACGAGAAUUUGGUCUGCAGGAAUGUACUGGGAUCGUAACAAGUUUACCAAUCGAACUUUCUUUGCACCUUUUGCCUAUAAGGAAGAUUUGAACACCAGGAAAUUUAAGGUAGAAGACUUGGCCAGGUUGAAUGACACAGAUGAGGUAUAUACAAAAAAACCAUGGUAUCAAUUUUUGAAACAAAGGUGGGCAACAAAUUUCGAUGAAUUAGAGAAGUUUUAUAUGAAGAUAAUGAUCAGGCAUAACGAGACUGGCGAGUAUCUUAAGAAGUACGAGCACUACCCCAACUUUUACAGGGCAGCAAACCUGAAUCAUGGCCACUGGACAAGUCCUUACUUCGAUUGUAACGGCAAAGUGAAGAAAUGGGUAAUUACCUAUGCAUCCCCAUUUUUCGGCUGGGACAGCUUGAAAGAGAAACUGGAAUUCAAGGGUGUCGUCGCUGUUACCAUGGCAUUGGUCGAUCUUGAUAUUAACCAGUGCGAUGAUAAAUACUAUGUGCCUAAUGCCUUCAAAGGAACGCACAAGUGCGACCGGAAAACCUCAUACUGCGUUCCAAUACUAGGUAGGCAUUUUGAAACAGGAGGUUACAAGUGCGAAUGCAAACAAGGAUUCGAGUAUCCUUUUGAAGACCUAAUAACUUAUUUUGAUGGGCAAUUAGUCGAGUCUGAAUUCACGAACUUAGUUGAGAAUAAGGAAACAAGGUAUGAUAUGUUCAAAUGCCGAGUGGCCGGUGCAUCAUCGAUUCAGGCCAGCUGGAUUUUAUUAAUAUUAGUUCUAGCAGCUCUCUAUCCCUUCCAACGCAGAUAAAAAAAAUGGUUUAGAUCGUAAUACAAGGAAAAUUAAAAGCCGUCCAAAUAGUUUUUAAAAAGUUCAAAUGCCGUCCAAGCAAACUUUAGAUAAUGUAAAUAUUCUAUAAUCCUUUUAUAUAACUGAAUCUAUGUACAACAUCUAUUAAUUAGUCUUCGUUAAAGUAUUAAAAACGUUGAUACUGUCCUGUAAAUAUGAAUUCUCAUCGAAGAUUCAUAAAACAAAGAAAAUAUUAAUACAGUUUAAGUUCAGAAUCCAAGAAGGGUUUUAUAUCAUUAAAGUUUGAUCAAUCACAGAACAAUUUUCCAAGUAAAAUCAUUAAACGAAAAAGGCUUUUCUAUUCGAAUUGCAACUGUAUUACAUUUUCAUGUAAAAAGUACUAACGACUGUAAGACAAUUUUAUGUUAAACGAAACCGAAUCUGGAGAUUUUUUUACCAAAUGUGGAAAUCUUCGGGGCGACUGAAAAAUGUGGAAAAAUAAAAUUCCCGUAUUGAAUAAUUUGCGAAAAAUAAAAUAGUAUUCGAAAUGUAAGAUUGCCGAAAUUAGAUAAUAUUCUCGAAAGUUAAAGAUUUCAAAGUAGACAAUUUCCAAAAGUUUAUGAAAUCACAUAACUUGCAAAAUUCACCAUAAUAGAAAUAUACUGCAAUAAAAUUUUCGGCACAAGUAAAUUGCCAAAUUGUAACAUUUCAAAACCAACCAAUCAGAACAUAAUUAAAUAAUAACAUAAUAAAUAAAAUAUUCCUAUUUGAUGAAAGCGUGGGCGAAAAAAAAAAUCAUGGAAAUUAGAAUUUUAUGGAGAAGUAGUGUAAUAGGAUCAUGAAAAAGUAUCAUUAAUUUGGUGCUGAUUGAUGAAAUCCUUCAACUUGAGCGUUAGAAAAAUGUGAUUAUAAGCAAUGUCCUACAUUUAAGGAAUGACGAAAAUUUUUUUUAAGUUUGACGUUUUUUUACUGGUAACAUAAACUGGAAAAAUGGAAUAAUCCUGUAAAAUUUAAUUAAAAAAAAAAAAAACACACAAAAAUAAAAUCAUUAAAAAAUUGACAU